AUGUUACAAGGGUCCAGACAAUGGCAUGAGAAUUUGCCAUUUGCAUUGUUAGGUUAUCGUACUACUAUUCCCACUUCAAUAGGGGCAACUCCGUAUUUGUUGGUGUACGGGACAGAAGCAGUCAUUCCCGCAGAAGUUGAAAUUCCCUCUAUUCGAGUUAUUGUGGAAGCAGAGAUUGAUGAUGAUGAGUGGUUUAAAACCCGAUUGGAACAGUUGAGCUUGAUUGAUGAAAAAAUACUGACAUCGGUUGAAGCUAAAGGCAAGUUCUCCUCAAAUUGGCAAGGUACCUUUAUUGUGAAAAAAGUGUUUCCCAAUGGAGCCUUAUAUUUGACAGAUAUUGAAGGCAAAAUGGCAAAAAUGGCUAUCAAUGUUGAUGCGCUCAAAAGAUAUUAUAUAUGA